AUGAUGGGAAACAUCUUGAUUAUGGCAGAUACAGAGUUUUUAACAGCAGAAGAUUUGAAAAAAAUUAAGACGAUAUUUCGGGACAUCGAUGGUAACGGGGAUGGUCGACUGUCCAAACACGAGCUAAAGAGAGCUUGUAAGACCAUGGGUGUGCGUGUCAACACAGAACAUAUGACAACCAUGAUGAAAACCAUGGACGAAUGUGGGAAGGACUAUUUAAACUUUCAGGAAUUCGAUGCAUUCAUGCGUGACCUGUUAGAGGCACAUGCCGUAGAGGAACAAUAUUUGAAAAAUGUUUUCGCUUCAAUGGAUGAAAAUGGCGACGGAUAUGCUACAUGUGAUGAAAUAGCGAAAGCCCUCGGAAUAUCUCGAGAUACCGCGUUAGAAAUGGUGAAUGACGCAGAUAAAAAUGGCGACGGAAGAGUGAAUUACAAAGAGUUUGCUGAACUGUACAGACGCAAAGAUGAAUGA